UAGCCACCAGGGAGACCAAAAGGGCACCCACAAAACCACAGCAGCAGCGUCCCGGGAGGCACGGGGGUGGGCCAGGCUGCCGGGUCCAGAGCCUGGUGAGGCAGCGUGGACAGGUUGGAGAGGUGGGUGCAAACACAUGAAUCGUAGCUGCGGGCAGGAGGAAUAUCAAGUGCAUCUCUGUGCCCUGAGGGCUCAACUCCUACACUUAAAUCCCUCCCACUGGAAGAGCCAGCUCCAGUUUCACUUAGCAAGCCAGCGUGAGAACAGGUCCUGCUCCCAGCACUGCCAGCACAGCCCAGCACCGGCACCAAGACGCCCGCCACGUCCAGCAGUGCCCACCUCUGCUUGGUGCUUUCCUCGUCACAUUCCCAGCAGAGAGACAGCCACGGAGUCUGAGCAGAGGGGUCCAGCACUACUCACCCCCUCGGAAGACCAGAGUCGGAGACACAAAAGGAAAAUGAGCCUCCUCAAAGAGCGGAAACCCAAGAAGCCCCACUACAUCCCCAGGCCCCCGGGGAAGCCCUUCAAAUACAAAUGCUUCCAGUGCCCCUUCACCUGCAACGAAAAGUCUCACCUCUUCAACCACAUGAAGUAUGGCCUCUGCAAGAACUCCAUCACCUUAGUCUCCGAGCAAGAUCGGGGCCCCAAGUGCCCUAAAUCUAACGCACUCGACCCCAAGCCGACCGGCCAAACAGACCCCACAGCCAAGCCCGCCUCCUCCAAGGCAGCCACAAGCGGACUCCCCGGAUUUGACUCGAAACUUCAGCAAAGCUUCGCCAAGGAGGACACCAAGGAAAACGUGGAGCUGAAGACCAGGGGGGCCCCCCAGUGCCCUCCAAAGCCAGGCCUCCCCAAGGACACGGCACCCCUGAGCCCGGCUCCAGAAGCAGCACUGGGCACCCAGGCUGCCCUGGAAGGUGUGGUCCGGCACUCGGCGUUUGUUCCAGUUGGAGAGCACAGACUGAAGGGGCCAGAGAAUGCAGAGGCCCCUGAGCUGCUGGCGGUGGCGCCCCCCACAGCCAAGGCCACUGCCUUCCACACCAAGUCCGCUUUCCACGCUCCCAGCUAUCCCUGGAAAGCCACUUCCCCAUUCCUUGCACCGGAGCUUCCACACAGAAUGCCAUCAACAAAGGGCUUCAGUGCCAUUCCCCCCUACAUGCACCCCACUGUGUCAGAGUACCCCCCACAUUUCCACACAGAACACGGACUGGCUGCCAUCUAUUCCCCCUACCUCCUGGCUGGGAACCCACCUGAGUGUGACCGGCCCCUGCUAUCCCUCUACGGAGCCCAGGACCAAAGGCCCUUCCUGCCUCACCCAGGACCAAUACCCAAGCACCUGGGUCCGACUCCAUCCACAUACGAUCACUACAGAUUCUUCCAGCACUACCCUUCCAAUCUGCCAAUUCCUUACGGGUUUUACCGGCCAGAGUCAGCCUUCUCCUACAGCCUCAGGCUGCCCCCGGUGGCUGGCAUCACCCGGGAUCAGGGCUCUCAGGCACUGGACGAGGCUGCUCUGAUCUUCCCAGCCUCAAGUCCUUCCAAGCUGACCCCUUCCACCUCCCACAAGAAACACGCGGCACGGGAGAAGGAAAGCCCCCUUCCAGAGGCUAAAGACGCUUCCAAGGACGGGCAGGCGGACACUGAAGGGGCCAAGAUGAGUCCCCGUGAGGGCAGCGCAGCCACAGGCUCCCCAGGGAGGCCAAGUCCCACUAACUUCACACAAACCAGCCAGCCAUGCGAAGGGCUGUGCGACCUGUCCAACAAGCCAGCCCUGGGCACCCUGGGACGGUCCCACCAGCUGGAACGCAGCCUCACUGCCUUCAAACCCAUCCAGAAAAGCUGUGAAGGCCCCUCUUCCCAGGCUCCUACGCAGGGAGCAGCGUCGCCCGACAGCUUCGAGGCCACACCCGGGGACCCUCCUGCUCAGACAGUAAGCGCCACUCUGGUCGUAGAAGCCCUGCCUUCCAGCUCAGAAGACAGCUCCAGGAUAAGCCCCCUAAACCUCUCCAAGAAAGCAGAAGCCAGGCCGGCAGCAGCUCAUGGCCCCGUGUACCGCGGCUGCCUCCCGGAGGAACCCCCCAGCUUCCCGGAGCUACAGGACCUGCCCCUUAACCUCUCGGUUAAAGACCCCUGCAAUGCGCGGCCCCCAGGGCCCACCCUGACCAGCCCACCCACAGAAGACCCCAACGCUGCCACUGCUGCUCAGGAAAAGGAAGUGGGAAGUCCCAGGCACGGACCAAGCCAUCCCGAGCCACAGGACAGCCCCGACAAGGUCCCAGAGUCCAGCCCAGACAGGAAGGCCCGCGAAGCAUGUGAGGAAGACAGCGGUGACGAGCAGAAGCAGACGGCAGCUGUGGCCCUGUGUCAGCUGGCAGCCUACAGCCCAGGCAACGUCAGGGUGGGCGACGGGGAGCCUGCAGCCCAGGAGUCGGCCUGCCCACAAGACUCGCCCCCUCGCGGGUCCACAGACAGCCAGGAGGCUCCAUGUGACCUCAGGCCCAGAGGCACAAAAAGGACAAGCCAGAGAGAUGCAGGGAAAUCCCAGCCAGGAAGUAAGAGAACGAAGGCAAGCGACACGGCCAGGGUGCUCACCCUCCGGAGAAGAGGCCGGGUGUCCUAGAGCCAGGGCGCAGCCCCGCAUCCUCUCCUGUGUAGGUGCAGACGUCCGACAAGAACAAAAGGCGUUUCCAGUCUGGUUACAGACGCCCUGAACUUGGUCAGCUGGACCCUGGCCUCAUGCCUGCAACCCUGAGUUGCACACACACACACAAUGAAGUGUAGUACCAGAACAAGCUGUUGCAAUCUUUUUCCUAUUAAACACAGUUGCGUACUUCGAAGCAAACAGCAGUUAUUGAAAAACACCAGGGAGAGGCACUGGGCUCCAGCUUCUGCAGGAGGGUGCUGUGGCUCCGUGACUGACAGCACACAGACAUCAAGAGGCUAUUUAUACAGAUAAUUUAUUUCCUAUGCAAUGACAUUUCUGGUGAUGGUAUCACAUGUGUACCCUAUUUGCUUAUCAUAUUGCAGUAAAGUUUUUUUUU